ACGAACUUUUUCAUGUCUCCAUCUCAACCUACUGUCUAUCAAAAACCUUCCUUUCCCUCUCUAUUGCCAGUUUGCCACAGAAGCCCUAGCUUCUUCUCUAACCUUUCCUUCUCACUUGGCCAAUCAGAUUAAGAUGGAUGGGUUAAGUGUAAAGAAAGGUCAGCCUGUUUUGUUUCCCCUAUUUUGGGAAAAAAAGAGUUGAGUGGGCUACUAAAAAUCCAUAGCAUUUACAGUGGGUUUGCGAAGAUUUUUCUUAGUAUUGGCUCAAACAAAGAAACUCCAAUAAUAUUUUACCAUCACCCCCUCCCAAAGUAGUCUUCUCAUAUAUAUCAGUUUCAGUAGUCUCCCAUCAAUCUCAUCAUCAGUUAUGUUGUAUACCAUAUGUUCAGCUCUUCAUUACUACUCUGCUACUUUUUGCUGCUAUUUCUCCCCAAUUUUGAUUAUUUCUCAAUCUCUCUUUCACUUCCCCAUCCCAUCCCUAAUCACAAAUAUGGAAAGUUUCUGAUAUUUCAUUCAACCUAUCAUCAAAAACACAUCAUCUCUCCUUCUCUUUAGCCCCCUUUCAUAAUUCCCUUUCCUUUUCCAGUAUAUAUAAACAACACAAAAGCCCACAUACCCAACAUCCCUAAAUUCACUGCUAUAAACUUCCUUCCUACCCCAUGAUCUAGACUCUCUUCAAAAUCACAAAACUAUUCUUCCACUAUUUUCUAGAUGAAACCCUAGCCAAGAAGAACUCAGCUAUUUGAUCAAGAAUUUAGCAUAUAUAUAUAUUAAAAAAAAGAAAAAAAAAAAAGCCACAAAUGGAUCCAUUCGCAGAUAUUCAAACCAACCCAAUAGUUGGGAACACGAGCAGUAAUAUCAACACGGCAUCAUCCUCAUCAACAACAUCUGGAGCUUCAGGUACGAUGAACAACAACAACAGCACGCCGAGUAGAUACGAGAAUCAAAAGCGAAGGGAUUGGAACACAUUUGGGCAGUACUUGAAGAACCACAGGCCACCGCUGACGCUGUCGCGGUGCAGCGGGGCUCAUGUGCUGGAAUUCCUCCGGUAUUUAGAUCAGUUCGGCAAGACCAAAGUCCACACUCCGAUUUGUCCGUUUUUCGGGCACCCGAAUCCGCCGGCUCCGUGCCCUUGUCCGCUCAGGCAAGCUUGGGGAAGCCUUGAUGCGCUGAUUGGAAGGCUUAGAGCUGCUUAUGAAGAAAAUGGUGGUAGACCUGAAGCUAACCCUUUUGGUGCUCGUGCUGUUAGGCUUUACCUUCGUGAAGUUCGUGAUUUGCAGUCUAAAGCACGAGGAAUCAGCUACGAAAAGAAGAAGCGAAAGCGUCCUCAGGCGUCCUCCUCCUCAGCUCCUCCUUCAUCUUCAGGUGAAGCUUAAUUAAUUGAUUAAUCAUUCCAAAAAAUUGGUGCUCUCAGCUCUGCCCUUUUUUUAAAAGGUUUUAUUGGGAUCCCUUCUUGUGUUUGUUGUUGUUGCUGCUGUUUAUGUAAGUUGAUUUUCAUCUCUUUUAGGGUUAGUUGAUUUUUGUUUCUUCAAAAAGAGCAAAAACUAUGAAGAAGAAAAAAUGUUGAGCUGUACUUCUUACUGUUCAUGGCUCUCAGCUUCCAGUACACUUACUCUAGUAGAGCAAUUUGUUUCCUUGAAUUGGAAAAAGAAUGGGGAACAACUUUUAUUAUUAGUAGUAUUAAUAUUAUUGUUGGAAUUUGCUGUUGAUGCAAACAGUAGCAGUUUCUUUGUUGUUUCAUUAGUUAGUGUGUGAGUGUGUGUGUAGUUGUAGUAGUAAAAGUUGGGUUUAAAUGAAAUGUACUUGCGUUUUCUUGAAUCCUUGACAUCUGUGGAG